CAACAAGCUAAAGUAAUGACGUAAGGUGUUGUUGUGCAGAGUGAGGCUGGCAUGUACUGUAAGAAGUGGAGCAGCAAUGUGGUCUGCUUGUGUUUCAUACUUUUCAGUGCACAGCCCCCCCUUUCCCCUCCUGACAACUGGCAACAAAGGGCCCAUUGAGCGGCCAUGACGGCGGCGGCGAGGGGGCUUUGAUGGCUAAUCUGCAUGCGUUUGUAGAGGGAAACUGGAGCCGGCUUCAAGGAAACAGCCAUUUAGAGUGCCUCAGCCUUCUGACUGCAGCUCAAGGACCCGGCAGUCGGCUCGGGCAGGCAGAGGACGCUUUGAAUUCCCUGCUGCUUGACACCCACCGGAGCUCAUUUCUCUUGGCUAAAGACUCCAACAACGGUGCGUCACUCUGACGAGCCCAUUUGUGCUCCUCAAGGUCCAGUCUAUACUCAAGUUCCACAAAGGACUAAUUCAUGGUCUCUGAGACACACUGCAAACAGAAGAUUCUGCCUCAGGCUUGGGAGACAUAACGAAGGGGACAAAGUUAACGAAACACAACAAAAGUGACGUUGUCCUGCCUCUACGUAUUCUUCCACCUACGCAUUCUUCGUGUAACAUGGACGAUGGUGAACCCUGGAGGAAACAGCCAGCCGCCGCUGCCGCCGCAGGUGGGCACCGGCUCCCUGUCGUGGAAGCGCUGCGCCGGAUGCGGGGGCAAGAUCGCCGACCGCUUCCUCCUCUACGCCAUGGACAGCUACUGGCACAGCCGCUGCCUCAAGUGCUCGUGCUGCCAGGCCCAGCUGGGCGAGAUCGGCACAUCGUGCUACACCAAAAGCGGCAUGAUCCUCUGCAGGAACGACUACAUCAGAUUAUUCGGGAACAGCGGCGCCUGCAGCGCGUGUGGUCAGUCCAUCCCCGCCAGUGAGCUGGUGAUGAGGGCGCAGGGCAACGUCUACCAUCUCAAGUGUUUCACAUGUUCUACCUGUCGGAACCGGCUCGUGCCUGGGGACCGGUUCCACUACAUCAACGGCAGCCUGUUCUGCGAACACGACCGACCCACAGCGCUCAUCAACGGCCAUUUGACUUCACUGCAGACCAAUCCGCUACUGCCCGACCAGAAGGUGUGUUAGACGGACACGGCGCAGGAAGCAGGAUGUGUGCCUUCAUGUUAGCCCUCACUCAUCGUCACCACAGACAGCGCCCUGAAGGAAUCUUUCCAGCCGUGGCAGCAAUAUAAGCGCCGGGCCUUCAGACUCUCCAUGGGUGGAUAAUUGCACUUACUGCGUCCCAGUCGGACCCGGGACCUUGACCUAUCAAAGUCCGACUCAAAAGGACUCUUGAGGAAGAGACUGAUGACUUAACAAGGUCCAAGAGAUUUUUUUUUUUUUUUUUUUUGCCUAAAGACAUUUCCAGAGGGGGACUGCGUCAUUUUUUUUCUGUUUUCUAUUGUCAACAUGGUGAUCCCGCUUUAUUUAGCCAUUAGACAUUGUGGAGGGAUUGUGAAUUCCCCCCCCCCCCCCUUCUUCUUAGCUGGUGUGUCUACAAGAUGGCUCUUUGUGCACAAUGUCACACACACACACACUCUCGGUGUAUUUGUAAAAUGACCAUGUAUGUACAGUAUGCAUGUUAAUGUCGUUGAUGUCCACUCCCUUCACACUACCAACCUUGCCGAUCCCGCCCACACUCCUCUUGACUCCACCCACAACAGGAGCAAACUGAAGAUGCCCCCCCCAGUUGUGUAGAGCCUCCCAACAUUUUAAUGCUGAAUGAAAGAGAAAUUUAUUUGUGAUAUUUUCCGAGACAUUUGCUCCAGUAUGGUGUAUUUAAUUAAUAAAAAAUAUGGACUAUU